AUGAUCGUCGUUUCGUCAAUGAACGCCUUGAUCGAGCCACAAGUCCAACCCUUAACACAGUUUCCUCCCAUCUUCGGCUGACUGAGACCUAAUUCGAAAACCACGACAUGAAUACCAAGCAAACAAGAAAGCCCCAACACAAUCAACCUUUUCAUCUCUAUCUUAUAUUUAAUUCUCCCCCGAAUAUAUAGUAUUUGAUAAGCCCUAAAGUAGUUUCAUUUCUAUCUCACUAGUUGUUCUUCAUGGAGAUCUUCAACAAGUACAAGUCAGUGAAGAUCCGGAGCCACCUCGAGAAGUACCUGGUCGCCGACGCCGAUCAAAAGACGGUAAGACAGAGCCGGAAGGGAAGUGACACCAGAAACGCGAGAUGGACGGUGGAGCUGGUCGAGAACAAACCCCACGUCAUACGACUCAAGAGCUGUUACGGCCUCUACCUCACCGCAACCGACAUGGCGUUUCUUUUAGGCGCCACCGGAGAUAAAGUGCUUCAGACGGAAGCCGAUAGGCUCUCCGACUGGAAGUUCGAGUUUGAGCCUAUAAAAGACGGGUUUCAGAUGAAGUUCAGGACAUGGUGCGGGAAGUACUUGCGAGCUAACGGUGGACCGCCGCCGUGGAGAAACAGUAUUACGCAUGAUGAUCCGAGCACGUCGUCAACAAGGAAUUGGAUUCUGUUUGACGUGGAAGAGGCGGAGGUUCCGGUGUCGGAGAACGUUACGGACUUUUUGCUGUCGCAGCAGUCGAGUUUUUCGUCGUUUAAUGCCGAUGAGAUUGAUAAUGGUACGGAGUAUGGAUCGCCGAUGUCGGUUUAUUCUCCGAGGACACCGAAAACGUCGGUUUUGUCAAAGAGGUCGUUAUUCUCAGCCAGGUCGCCGUGGUAUUCUCCGAAAGUUUCUUCAAAACAGCUAGUAGUUCACCAGACCAACUCGAACAAGUUCAGAAUCGGAAUGGACCUCUUCCACAACGCAAAGGCCGUGCGCCUCCGCGGCCGCCACGACAAGUACCUCUUAGCCGACGAAGACGAAGACACCGUCAUCCAAGACCGCAACGGCUCCUCCAAGACCGCCAAGUGGACCGUCGAGCACGUCCCCGGAUCCGACCACGUCAUCCGACUCAAGAGCUGCUUCGGCAAGUACCUCACCGCCUCCAACCAGCCCUUCCUUCUCGGCAUGACUGGCCGCAAAGUCCUCCAGACUCUUCCGCCGCGGCUCGACUCUUCCGUCGAGUGGGAACCUGUCCGGGAAGGGCAUCAGGUGCGGCUCAAGACCCGGUACGGCCACUUUCUGAGGGCCAAUGGGGGACUGCCACCGUGGAGAAACUCGGUGACGCAUGAUAUUCCUCAUAGAACAGCCACGCAGGAUUGGGUUCUAUGGGAUGUUGAUAUAGUUGAGAUUCAGGUGCAGUCUCCUGCGCAUAGACCCGCUGGGCCUCCACCGCUGCCCCAUUCGGACUCUUUGGAUUUCGAGCCCAGCUCUCCUUCGUCUGUUUCGGUUAAAUCAACGGCCAGUUACACACGACAAGAGUCGAAUGAUUCGUUUGUGGAGUCACCGCCGAAGGUGGAAGGGAGGACUAUAUACUACCAUAUAGCGGAAGAUAAUGGCGAUGUGGAUGAUGAAGCUGUGCAGGGUUACUCUAUGAUUUUCAAAGGAAAUGGGGUUGAGGAAUUGACUCGGAAGUUGGAGGAAGAGACGGGGAUUGAGGGGCUUGUUGUGUGUGCUCGAAGCCCUUUGAAUGGCCAGCUUUUCCCUCUUAAAUUGCAGCUGCCUCCAAACAAUGUGACUAUGCAGGUUGUGGUGGUCUUAUCUUCUUCAAAAGCGGCUCAAGAUCUUGCAAGAAAAGGUUUAUUAUGAGAGGGCACCAGAUUGCAAUCACAGUUUUGGUCAGGCAACAAUACCUGCAUUUCAUGAUCUGUACAUAUUGAUUAGGAACUCUUUGCAUCGGUAUACCUGACAAGAUUCGAAUCAAGCAUAAUGGAAGUCCUUUAGUUGAUGUCUCUACAGCUAAAACACUAUGCAUUCAAGUGGAAGGAGUUGAAGGCCGUAUUGUUCUUUGUUAUGCUGCAAGGACGUACUAGUAUCGUUGCCCUGAAAUUAUACUCGUUCUUGGAUCUGUAAAAUUUAUGUUGUUAGGCUACAUCAGCUUUGAGAGAGAUGUGCAGUUUUUUUUCUUUGGAGAAUGUCUGGUUGCACUUUAGCUGUGAAAUUAUUAGCGCGGAUUUGUUUAUUGAGUUGAUGUGCGUAUAUAUGAAAUGCUAGUUUCAAAUCUGUGGAACGUGAUGUUUACUCCACUCUUAAGACUUUCGGCCGCUUCCGACGGCUAAGGGGUACAUGUGAAGAGGCACCGAUCCAAACCCAGAACGUGUUGGCAAAUUCUUAAAGAAAUACUUGUUCUUCAAUCAUAGCGUGCCUAGUUGCAAUAGAUCAAACUACUUUGGAUUUUCUUGAUCUAUCGGGCACACGAUAAUGAUAGCUUACCCAAUAAUCCGUACAGUAGCAGAUGCCAUCUUUAAGGACUCGAGCAUGAACUUGGGCACCACAGGCGGAAUUCAGUCCAUUAAUCAUGAUUCAUGACCUUGA